AUGACGAGAAGAGGAAAGAAGAACGUUGUUACGGACAAACCACUUCGAGGGCUCUUGGUGGAGGUUCACACUAAGAAAGGAACGAGACACGAAUUGACCGCCCUGCCUGCUGCGACAACCCUUGGAACACCGACUCCAGCAGGGAAACGUCGACGCAUCGAUAUUCAACCGCCGUGGGGAGAGGAACAGUGGGCUGAAAGAGAAUCCAUUCCCGGAAAUCCUUUUCAAGACUCGGCAGCAGGUGAAGCCAUUAUCGACAAUAGCAAUUAUGAUUACAUGCUUCAAUGGGAGCCUCGAAUCAACACUUACCUCUCAUAUUUCUACCAGAAGCACGCUCGCAGGGAAGAUAACGCAUGUGACAUAUGUGGAGCAGACGAACCGUUAUGGCGGUGUACCUCCUGCUUUGCAACACCAAGCCUUUGUUCGACAUGCUGCCGCGACAUUCAUCACCGUCACCCCCUUCAUCGAGUUGAAAUGUGGACAGGGAGAUUUUACGAACCGUCGUGGCUCUGGAAACUAGGAAUCUCAGUCUACCUUGGACAUGAGGGACAACGAUGCCCUAGACUGCCGCCAUCACAAGUUUCCGAUCAUACCAAUGAAGAAUUCAUCGCCUCGUCGAUAUCGGAUUGGAAUAAUCAUACCGACUUUUCUUUCGGGGCCAGUCCAAAGCAUGGUAAAGAUGGUUGGGGUCAAGAGAUGGUAAUCGUUCACAUUAACGGCAUCCAUCGCCUUGUGGUUUACCCAUGUGCCUGUAUUGGCGCAGCAUCCCUGGACGAGCAGUGUGUGGCGGGUGGGCUGUACCCGAGUACCUUCAAGGCUGUGGAGACAGUAUUCACCUAUGAGCUUUUACACGACUUCAAUCUCGCCUCGCUAGAAUGCCGCACUUCAGCGAGUGAAUACUUCAGCAAGCUGCGCAGACUCACCAAUCCUGAUUUCCCUGACUGUGUACCGAAUCGCCAUCGUGAACUUCUACGGACAGCCAGACAAUUCCGACAUCUAAAGGAGUUGGUGCAAUUUGGGUUCACUACUCGCGAGGCUGCUAGCUCCCCUGGUUCCCUGGCGAUAUUCUGUGCAGCAUGUCCACAGCCCGACAUCAACCUUGAAGAGAAUUGGGAACAGGACCGCAGAACAUGGAAAUUUGCCAUGUCCUUCGUGGCCGACGGGAACUUCGUCUGCGUUCGGCAAAGUAAAAAAGGAGCGGGUCAGGACCUCUUUCUGAAGCGGGGCCAAGGUUACUUUGUCGAGUCCGAAGAGUACAAGCGGCAUUUGCGUUCCGCUAGUGAGGAAGUCGAGCCAUCCACUUGCAACGAGCAUCGUGCAGUUGCCGAUAAGAAUAAAGGGCACAAGGGAUACGACGCGACUGGAAUUGGGGCUCUGGCAUGCGCUCGCCAUGGUGCCUUUGUCCCAUCGUCAAUCGUGGACUUCCAAAAAGGGGAACGCCAAAUGAACAUGGAUUAUUCGUUGUGCAAAGGGUUGAAGACUGUUGUCUCACCCAAAACAAGGUGUGUCGUCUUCAUAUACGAUAUCUGCUGCCAAUAUUGGAAGAACCUCCUUUCCCGCACACAGAGAUACAGCCCGAAGCUUGACCUUCCCUGGUACAAGUCGAUGACGUUCGGCAUUGGACAAUUCCACGUCCACGGCCACCAAGAGAGGUGUCUUCCCCGGUUUUCCCCGUUGUACAUCGAUGGGCUUGGGUGGAAUACCGGUGAGAUUUUGGAAUCAAACUGGUCACUGUUGAACCCGACAGGGAUUCUGGCGAGCACAAUGACCGAGGCACAUCGCCUUGAGGUUUUGGAUGGCAAGCUCCUGGAUCUCAAUUGGAAGAAAUUGACCAACCUCCAUGUGUCGCUUCCGGGCCUACUAAAAACCGCUUUGACGAACCUUUUGGAAUUCACCGAGGCCGUUGAAAUGUUGAAGUCGUCGGCAACAGCGGACCAAAGGGCGGAAUGGGAUCAACAACUCAAGGAAGCUCAAAGGAAACGCGAGAAUCACGUCCCAGAAGCCAUGGAUAUCUUGAUGUCAACGAUAGAUAAAGCACCAUCUCGGAAAACUGUCGAGGCGCGCCUCAUAACGGAAGAAAUCAAUUCGAGUCGAAAUGUGGGAAUGACAUCGUGGAUUCAAAAAGGAAUUCUAAUUCAGGAGUUGCAGAUCGAUACAAUGACUUUGGCAAAGGAUCUUGGUAGCACACCUUCUGACUCAAAACAGUUGGACUUGGAAAGGAAACGUGCCGCCCUCAAGCUUAAACACGACGAACACUUCGAAGAAGGGCUGAUGUUAUUUCCAGUCCUGGCGCCCAGUAAGGCGGACGACUCCGACCCGCGAGCACGCUUUUUCCUCGCCCCUAUACGCGAGCCUUGUACUUGCGAAGAAUUCGAAUGCGGCCAUCUAGACAUGAACAUUAAUCCGUUUCAGGAGUUGCAGAAGGGCCCUUUGGAGAAGUUGGCAGUGCUGCUGCCGUCCUCAGAACCUCAUGCAGGCUCCAUAUUUCCACAGUCUGCCCGCGAAGCGGAAUUAGCCUUAAGGAAGGCCCAGGCGGACGAAUCGCUGGCCAACAUUCGGACUCAAGUCGGGUAUAAAUCGUUCUUGUUCAAAGCUAACGUCCAACUCGCGGAGAACAAAGCGCAGAAGACCCGGGGAUAUGCUGCCGUUUCGUCGGCGGAAAAGGCCAUUCAAAGACACACCAGGGUAUACAACCAGGCACAGUGGGCGAUCACGCAACUCACCGACGAUCUCGCGGUCAAGGACAAGUACCGCCCACUUCUUAAGGGCGAUGCCAAACCGCUUCAGUCGAUCUACCAACCUAAUGCACCGGGACAGAGUCACGAGGUAGUCAGCUGGAUCUGGGGGUGGAAACAUACGGGCAAUACCGACAGCCCGGAAUUCCUAGCUGAGAUUUGCCGCCUCAAUUGGCUCCGAACGACGUCCCGCCUCAAGCGGUGGGAGGAGGAAGUCCUUCUUGUGCGUGCUGAAAUGGGAUGGACGGUUAGAUAUAUGGAAAGAAAGGCAGAUGAAUGGGAGGGUAAAGGUGGAGUGAGCAACAGUGCGGGAGUGCAAGCGGUUGCCUCAUGUCAAGCCGCAUCAUGGCGGAAGUUGGCGUUCCAAGCCAAGGCGGCUUUUAAGGAUUUUAUGGACUCAACCCAUUAA